CAAAAAAAAAAAAACAGUUCGCCUUGUGAUAGAUCCAUUCCCACCUGUAGGUAUGCGCCGCAGUUCCUGUCGCCGGAGAACCUCCGCCGGUCACCGUCGCCGGGUUCUCCUGCGAAGACUACCGACCACCGUCGUCAUCUCAAAAAUCUAUGCCCCCUUUGUAUUACACCUCUCUCUACCCAUUUCGCCGUGAUCUGCCUCCGCUGGCCGUAUCUGUUCUGGAGUUUUACGGCGGGGAUCCUCUAGAGCAGCGUGUGUCCCCCAUAUGGAAAGACCCAGCAGCGGGGAGGAGGGAGAGGGGGACUCUCCCAACGAGACGAGGAUCUCGCCGGAGACGGCGGCGGCAGAAGCGGACGACUCCGUCCCGUACAUAGGGCAGCGGUUCCUGACACACGAAGCGGCGUACGAGCUCUACAGCGGGUUUGCAAAGCAGUGCGGGUUCUCGAUCCGGCGGCACCGUACGGAGGGGAAGGACGGCGUGGGCAAGGGUCUGACCCGGCGGUACUUCGUGUGCCACCGCGCCGGCAACACGCCAGCGAAACCCUUCGACGACGGCGCCAAGCAGCAGAGGAACAGGAAGUCCUCCCGCUGCGGGUGCCAGGCGUACCUACGCAUUGGUAGGGAUGCUGGAGCCGGCGGUCUGGAGUGGCGAGUCACGGGGUUCUCUAACUACCACAACCAUGAGCUCCUCCGGCAGGAUGAAGUGCGCUUUCUGCCGGCGUACCGUGUCAUCUCGGAGUCGGACAGAGACAGGAUCUUGGUGUUUGCAAAAUCUGGGAUCACUGUGCAGCAGAUGAUGAGGAUAAUGGAGCUGGAGAAGUGCGUCCAGCCUGGGAGCCUCCCAUUUACUGAGAAGGAUGUGAGAAAUCUCAUACAGUCCUUCAGGAGGUUCGAGCAGGAGGAGGAGAGUGUCGACCUGCUUCAGAUGUGCAGAAAUGUUAAGGAGAAGGAUCCCAAUUUCAAGUACGACUUCACCAAAGACGCCAACAACUGCGUUGAGAACAUCGCCUGGUCGUACGCAUCAUCGAUCCAGUCUUACGAGGUAUUUGGUGAUGCUGUUGUGUUUGACACCAUUCAUCGGCUAACUUCUAUUGACAUGACACUGGGUAUUUGGAUUGGAAUGAACAAUCAUGGGAUGCCUUGCUUCUUCAGUUGCGUGCUUCUGAGGGAGGGAAAUCUGCAAUCCUUCACAUGGGCAUUACAGGUAUUUCUCAACUUCAUGAACAGAAAAGCUCCACAGACAAUAUUGACUGAUCAAAAUAUGUAUCUCAAAGAAGCAGUUCAAAAGGAGCUACCAAACACAAAGCAUGCCCUCUCCAUCGGGCUUAUUGCAUCCAGGUUUCUAUCUUGGUUCAAUGCAGUUCUCGGGAGACACUAUAAUGACUGGGAAAAUGAGUUUUAUAGGCUGCACAACAUGGAAAGCACAAUGGACUUUGAUCUUGGAUGGAGUGACAUGGUGAGCUGCUAUGGAUUACAUGGAAAUAGGCACAUUGCUAGCUUAUUUGCAUCACGGAAGCUUUGGGCAUCGCCAUAUUUGAGAGGACAUUUUUUGGCAGGGCUGGCUGCUUUGCCGGGAAUUUCAAAAAUAAAGGAUUUUAUUCAGCGGUUGUUGAGCGCCCAAACAUGCCUAUCCUGUUUCAUUGAGCAGGUUGCGGUAGUUGUUGACUACAAAGAUCAAGCUGGGGAACAACAAAUAGUGCAACAAAACUCGGAAAAUACAAUUCUGAAGACGGCAGCUCCAGUGGAAGGACAUGCUGCAGCUGUUUUCACCCCAUAUGCAUUCUAUAAGCUACAGGAUGAGCUUGUAGAGGCAGCCCAUUAUGCAUACUUCCACGUGGAAGGGAAUGCUUUUCUUGUCCGGCACCAUACCAAGACAGAUGGCGGUUGCAAUGUCACAUGGAACCAAAAGGAGGAGCUACUUUCUUGCAGCUGCCAAAUGUUUGAGUCAUCAGGGAUCCUCUGCCGGCAUGCCCUCCGUGUGCUCACAACGCUAAACUACUCUCAGAUCCCGGACCAUUACCUUCCUGUCCGAUGGCAUAGAACCCAGCCACAACCUUCCAAGUCAUUGAUUGGCGCUCCUGAUCAUGGCAGAUCAUAUGAAAGGGUGAAAGCACUCCAGUCCAUGGUCUCAGUUCUGGUUAGUGAAGCAGGCAAAUCGGAGGAACGGAUGGAUCUCGCGACACAGGAGGUCUCUGUCCUGCUGUCCCGGAUAAGGCAGCAACCUGUUGUGGCGAAUGUUUCAGGUGAUGGUGUUCAUCAGCAGCGGUGACUGGCAAUUUUGGUAGCUUUCCAAGGGGAAACCAUUUUUAACUGUCCAACCAGUUCUUUAUAAGUAUUUAAGCUCAGUUUGCAGUUACUGAACUGUAUGGUUUAUUUGACCAUUUUUGCUAAAUUUCAAUAGACUGAUUUUGAUUUCGUGCUCAGUCAAAUUUUGGGGCCGUUAGAUCUGGAGGCGCACAUCUCAGCGUGCGAUUCUGAAAUGACUGACCCGGGUGAGUUGGGGGGGGGGGGGAGGGCUUGGUGUCUUCCCUUUCUUGAUUUUCCUAUGUGUGUGUCACUUCAUCAGUUUCGUCUGUCCCCGGCCCAGGAGAGAGGGGUGAGCUGCUAGUUGGGGGAAAGAGAGGUAGAGAUGGAGGGGAGGGGCUGACCGGCGGCAGCGAGGUAGUCUCCGCGCACUGAUUUCCUGAAAAAAAUUCAGCCGGUUUGGAUCUGUUAGUUGACACGGUUGAGGUCUGUGUUGGGUGUGGUUUGUGUGGAGAGCAGGGGUUUCAGGAAAUCGGUAGGGAGCUGUUCUGUACACGGUCUGCUUGCAUGUAGGGUAGCCAGCUCUGUGUGUUCUCAUCGAUUUAAGUCAAGUGCUAUGCUAGAAUUGGACAUGUUUGUAUGCUUUUCUGAAUUUAAACCGUAACCAGAUGCUUAAGGUGGUCAGGUUUCCCAACCUAGUUUUCUUGAUGUGGUCAGGCUUUUAAAAAAGCAUUUGGGGUAUUAGUUAGUUGAGCUCUAGCUUUUUCAGAAGACCACUACCGGUGAAUGGUUACAGAAUUUUGCAUGUCAUUAUACACUACUUUUUUUUUCUUUGAUACCACUGUUUGUGCUACUAAAAUCUAUAUUUCCUCUUAGGAUAGCAAAAUUUGCAUGUAUAUACUUAUAUUUGCUUUUGCUGAGUGAUGCUGUGUUUACGAGAGCAUGUCAUAACAAAAUUUGUGUUUGAGGUCAGAAUUAUAUCUUCGUGUGAUAUUCUCUGUCAUCCACUUCUUCAUUGUGUUGCACAGAUCCAUAUCUGCUUUUCUGCCUAUUCUUCAUAAAUUUUAUUUUAGACAAUCAUGGAGGCCCUCACCCGCUCCAUUUAUAUAAAUGAAACCAACUUCGCACACAACAAUCUUCUCUUCAUAAAAUGUACUCCCUCUGUAAACUAAUAUAAGAUCGUUUAGAUCACUAAAGAUCACUAAAGCAGUAAUCUAAAUGAUAUUAUAUUAGUUUACAGAUGGAGUAUUAGAUUACCAAUCAAUGAGGCAAGCUACCUCUGGCUCUGCAACCUUUUUCUCUUCCGAAUUUCUGUAGCUAUUUUGUUACCCCUAAUUAUCUAUACUGAUUCAUAGCUAAAGUGAGUGGUUAGUUUUGUACUAACAUGACAGCCCAUCAGUAUUUCUUGCCAGUCUUCAGUUUACAUUUUAGCCCCAUGGUAUGUAUCUUUUUUCUUCAGUUUGUCUAUUUUUCUCAGUUUGUUAUCAGUCUUUUUCAGUCAAUCUUUAGUUUCCUUUUUUAGCUCCCUUGCCUAUACAGUUUCUUUUCAUUUAGUAAGUGUUCAGUUGUUGAAUUUUACUUGUGCAUUUGAUUUUCAGUCUCAUGUUUCAUUAUUCAUUCUUCAGUUAGUGAGAUCUUUUUCCCAUGGCUCUUGUAGUUAGGACUUAGGACAAUGACCUCUUAUUUUCAGAAUUUUACGUGUAGCAUUAUUCAGUUUGUUUUUCUUUUAUGCAGUUACUUUUAUUUAGUUAAUGUUCAGUCCUUUAUGCUCAUUGUUCAUUAAGUCAACAUAUCUAUGGAAUUUUUCUAAUUUUCUAUAUUCAGUUUUAAUUUAGUUUCCCUUAUCUUCUUCAGUACUCCCUCCGUCCCGAAAAGCUUGUCUUAGAUUUAUCUAGAUAUGGAUGCAUCUACUAUACACUCCCUCUGUCCCAUGAUGUAAGACGCUUUUUGGGACGGAGGUAAUAUAUCAGUUAAUCUUCAGUUUUCAGGCUAUAAACAAGAGUGCCAUCACUCACUUUAUUUCUUCUUUACUUAGUUCUCUUCAGUUUGCUCAUUCUUGUUUAGUAUUUCUCUCAGCCCCUUAUUUCCUCUUCAGCCAAUUUGUCUAUUUUUUUGUUCUUUCAUUCACUCAGUUUUAGAUUUUCAGUGCACAGAUACAAGGCUAUGUUUUUGCCUUUUGGAGCAGAAGAACCCCACAUGCUUUUAUCUCAUUUUUUUCUCCUUUCCCCAGGCUAGGGGUAUCAUCCAACCUUUCUCUGAAAGAUUAAAAUAAUCUAACUAAUUUCACUCUGUAGAAUUUUUUUCAGACUCUAGGUUUUGGAAGGGUAGGUAGCUCUGGUUGUAUUAUGUUGAUGCAUGCCUCUAAUUUAAACAUGAGUGGUGUAUCUAAUUUAAAAAUGGUUCUGGCUGUCCAUUUUGUCAGUUUUUUUAUUCUGUCUUUGGUUGGGUAUCAUUUCUUCUUCAGUAUUUCAUUCUUCUUCAGUAUUCAGUCCUCCAUUUUUUUCCUGAGUAUUCUUUUGUAUGUCUAUGGGAUAGAAUGCAACAAGUAGUCAUACGAGACUAUCUUUGGUUUGAUUUACUUUUUUCAGUUUAUCCUUGUUACUGUUAAGUUUGCGGUGCUUCAAUUUCUACGGUUUAGCCUUUAACUUUAGUUAGUUCAGUUCUCUCAGUCGUGUUUUGUCGUCUAUCUGAUGAGAUUAUCAUCAUCAGCUUUGGUUGGUUCAGUUAUCAUUUAUUUUUUCAGUUAUUCAUUAUUCCUUAGUAUUACAUUUUUUCCCAUUCUUUGAGCUUACAUCAUUGUUCGAUCUCUCAGUCUCCACAGUUUUCUUCAGUACAAUUUUCAGUACUUAUCAUCUACGUACCAUUUUUCCAGUUUCUGCUGUCUUCAAUCUCGCAAGUUUCUUCUUCAUUUUGUUUCUUCAUUAUAUAUUUCUUCAAUCUAGUUUUCAAGUCUUCCCUUGUCACUUUUCAUUCUAAUCCUUCUGUUUUGGGUCUCGCUAUUUUCUGUCCUUUUUCAUUGUCUUUCGCCAUUCUUCCCUUGUCAAUCCGUGCUGGUGUCGUAUGGACUUUGUGCAGAGAAACAAAAAAUCGACAGGUACAUUGCUUUUGAGCUCAACACCCGAGGGUGGUUGCAUUGGCGAUGGGUGACGGGCACAACACAAAUUCAGGCAUAUGACGCUACACCAAUGUAUUACCGUUUUAAGGCUAACCUCAAGACAGGAAUAGCGGUGCUCUUUAGUACUCCCUCUGUCCCAAAAUAACUGUCUCAAAUCUUAGUACAAAUGUGUAUUAAAGUUAGUACAAAGUUGAGACACUUAUUUUGGGACGGAGGUAGUAUUCAUCUAAGCAUGAUGGUUGUACUGUCGAAUUCCAUGUCUUCAGUUUAGUCGGUUUGGGACAUCAAGUUAUUAUUCAAUGAGUUAUGUGUCACCAGUUA